AUGGCUACCGAAUCCGACAUUGGAAAAGGGCACACUGCAGUCUGUAACGCUUUACUGAUUCGAAGAAACGAAAUUGCGGAUCGUUUCUGGAAUGACAUGGAAGAACCAGAUCAUGCAUUGGUCGAACUAGCAUUUGAGGUCUUUGAUCGAUAUGGAUGUAUACAGCCCAAAUUCAAGAACCAUCCGAUUAAAUGGGGAUUCCAUGCAAUACCGGAUCUCACUGAGAAGAAAAGCAGACACUUCUUUGUCGUAACCUCGCCUAAAAUACGUUUUAGUGAGAUUGGACAUGAAAACCGGCAGCGUGACGACGCAGAUGAUGAGUAG